AGAGCAAGCGCACAAGUGCAACUUAUCCAUAUAUAAGUGUAUAGAAUUCACAUCUAUCCUUUCAAAAUUAGCAAUCAGUUCAAUAAAUCCAGUCGCGAUUUAAAAUAAAUUACUCACAUAUCCUAGAGUAUUGUAUUAAACUCUUGGCAACUACUUUGCAUAGUAAAUUUAUAGUUGAGAAUAAAAUGACAAGCAACAAGUGCGUUAAAGCUCCGAGGAAGGCUUACACUAAAGAGCCUCAGGAGAUGAGCCAUCAAGAGAAGUUGAGGCUCAUUGACGAUGAGUUAAAUUCAUUCUACAAGUAUUGCCAGCAAGCCGGGUUCACUGAAGAAGAGAUGGACAUAAUUUGCCAACCUCUCGUCGCCGCAAUGCGACGUUCCUGGCUCCAGUUAGUUCUUCGUGCAACAGUAAUUCUCGUGGUAAUUGGUACCAUCGCAUGUGCUGCAAUACAACUAGACUUCGUCGGGACUCAUUUCUCAGCAAUGUCUCGUCUACUGGCGGUCAAAAUUCUUCCUUUCUGGAACUGGCAGCAUCUGUACCGCGAGAAUUGCAUGAUGAACAAUCCAUUCUACAACGAGUAUCCCAUCGCCGAGGUUGAUUGCGUCGUAAGCUAUAGAACUUGCGAAUCUGUUGAAACGAUUGAUCGACUCUCUGAUGUACGUUAUCGUCAGCUAGUGGACAAUUAUUUUAGCCGGGAUGCUCCUGCUAUCAUCACCGACGCUAUGGACUCUUGGGCUGCUAUGAACACCGAUUACUUCUGGUUCGAUAACAUCACGCAUCUCUACUUAGGCAACGAGCGGCUGAUGGAAACGGUCCCCUGCUCACUGACAUCAAAUCUCCGAACCGGUUCAUCAGAUCUAGCGGCAUUUCUUCGUCGUGUCCAUUCACCGGAAGUCGCUAAAUGGUUUGUCCACUGGCAGAACUGUGACAUAAAUGCUGUAAAAGCUCUCAGGAAGUACUACCAACGUCCUUACUUUCUCUCAAGUACCGUAUCCCCGGCGCACUUCAAUUGGGUUCUGAUGUCCUCGGAUUACAACAGUCCGAGCUACAAGAGGGUUGAGCUCGAUUCAGGUCUGAUAGCUCUAGCUCAGCUACGUGGUGCUACUCAACUACGACUUACUCCUAUUAAUCCCUGUAAUAGUUCUUGUCCAGAACUUAUUGCCGACUUACAUCGAGGAGAAAUGCUUGUAUUCACUAAUCUGAUGUGGAAUCUGGAAUACGCGCCAAUGCGAGGACUAGAUAACAUCGCAAUCCUCACAGAAACUGUUUGGGAUGAAGAUCCUUAACUUGAAUAUUAAUUCAAUCUCUCUAUUGACUUAUUAAUAAAUUUAUGUCUCGAUCUCUUAAGAAAAAUAUUUAAUCAACUGCGUUAUUAUCAUUAAAUAAACGCUAAUUACUCAAACAAUAAUUUAUUUA